GUGAGAUAUCGUCGUGUGUGAAUAGCAACUUUUUAGCUGAAUUUGGCGUAUAUAGAUGAUCCACUAUAUAAUAUCCGUGUACCAUUGCUGCUCGUGCUCGUGGAUAAGAGUUGCUAGAGACACCGGACCCGUAUCGUCGCGUUUGUCAGCCCAUCCUUAUUUUUUUUCUGUCACAGUAAACGGAACGUUAAUUGGAGUACUCAAUGGUGAUAUAUAGCCGUGUGCGAAUAGCUGCUUUUUUUUGCCAGUUUGCCUAAUUAAAAAGAAUAGACACUUACGGU